GUUCUAAGAAAUUGACAUUUUAUUGGCGAAUGAGCUAAUUACAGUACAGUGAGGUUAACUGUUACAGUUUGCCAGCUGGUAUUUCCCGUGAAAUCAAACUUAAAAAUCGUUUGCCGACAAUGAAUGUCGAACAUGAGGUGGCAGUAUUGGCAAAGAAGCUUGAUAAAAUCGUAUCAGACGCCCAUUCAAAUCAAGAUGUUGCAGUAGAUUUGCUAAAAACUUUGAAAGAUCUUCCAAUCACUCUUGAUGUCCUACAGAAAACACGAAUUGGGAUGACAGUGAAUGUUCUUCGAAAGUCUAGUUCCAACUCUGAAAUACAGACGAUUUCGAAAAGUUUAAUAAAAAGCUGGAAAAAGCUCCUGACAGAAAAAGAAAGUUCUUCAAAAGAAGGUGCGAAUAAUGGUGAAAAAAAAGAGAAGUCCGGUGAUACGAAAAAUAAGACAGAAAAUUCAAUAAAGCAAGAAAAACCAAAAAAAAAAUCCGUUCCAACUACGAACGACGAUGUACGACAAAAAUGUCGCGAAAUGCUCGCUAACUCUCUAAGUUUGGCAAACAGUGAGACUAGUAAAGAUGUUGAAAGCAUUGCCGCUGCUCUUGAGCACUGUAUAUAUGAAGAAUUUAAGGACACAAAUGCAAAGUAUAAGGCAAGAAUUCGAAGUCGAGUUUCAAAUCUUCGCGAUCCCAAAAAUGAAAAGUUGAGAGAAGCUGUUUUGAGUGGUGAAAUAACUCCUGAACGGAUGGCGAAAAUGACGGCUGAAGAAAUGGCGAAUGACGAGAUAAAGACACUUCGAAAAAAGUUCACCAAAGAAGCAAUCAACGACGCUCAAAUGGCCGUGACAGCUGGUACACCGACAGAUCUUUUUAAAUGUGGAAAAUGCCAAAAACGACACUGCACAUACACACAGGUGCAAACACGAAGCGCCGAUGAACCUAUGACCACAUUUGUAUACUGUCAAGAAUGCGGAAAUCGAUGGAAGUUUUGCUGAUUCAUCGUUUAUUCUUGCGACAACGCAGCCUGAAAACUUGCCACUCGACCGGGAGAGGAAAUUGCCGUGGAAAGACUUUACACUUGUGCAAUGUACAAAAAAAAAACCAUCCAGAAAUUUGAAUGUAAUUGGCAAACACCAGCUUUCAACACAGGCUUUCCACUAAGCUGGAUUUGCUAUUUAAUGUUCAUAGAUAAAAUAGAAAUUUAUCAUUUGAAAUGUGUUAACUGCAUUUUUAUACAACGGGUCCUUUAACAUAUCCUUAAACAUUUAUUCUCUUUUCAAUAAAGGCGGGAUUGUACCAUUUUAAA